AUGUUCGAAGACUUCUCUUUCUCGUCGCCUUCGUCGCGACCGGGUCGUUUGGCUGUGGAUGCCGAUGAUCGACUCAUGGCCGAUUGCGAUAGCACACUGAUCUCGCCCCUGUCGUCGCGAUGCCCCUCGCCGCAGUCGCACCGAUUCCGCACUCUCUCCCGCCCCCGAUCCUCCUACUUUCGUUCACAACAACCUCCGCCUACUUCUGUGCCUUUUCCAUACGAGCAGAAGCGUCUUUCUAUAUCGACCCUAACGCAAAAAUUGCACGAACAUACUCUCCAGGCACCUGGCGGUGAUAUUCCAGACCAGGGGCGGUUUCGGCAUAAUGGAGCCAGACUGUCUGGCCGGUACUCGGGCUAUGUCCUCACACCACCGGACACAGACCACGACGAGGACGGACGCUGUGACUCUUCGCCCUCGCUGUGUUCUAACCCCAGUCCGACAUUCAUCCCACCGGAUUUCCUUUCUCUAGACAGAAUGGAGACUCCAAGCCUGAAUCCAAGUAUACCCGACCACCGGGAUGUCCGUAUACAACGGCAACAGAUUUCCCAAUUGCAAUGCAACGAAGGGGAUAUCGACGCAGUACGUCGGACAGUCGUGGGCGAGGGCUCUUACAACCCAGACAUGCUCCCGGAUGACUGCCACCCCAGCUCAUUACCACCGCGGUCCUCACCCCGGCGGCGAGCACUUACAUUACAUCGCAGCCGAUUUGGACCGGCAGAGUCGUCUGCGGGCGAGGCCCGUGGACGACGCAGAAGCAGUUCUGGCGCUAUGCAAUCGCACCGGAUAGAGAAGAGUCAUUAUACUUCUCAUGUGGGACGUGAUGCUUCUAAACGGGGCGAUCAUCAUGGUCUUCGUAGGAAGAGCAUGGUGAGUGCGGCUCUGGCGUCGGUAGUGGAAAGGCCUUGA